CGGACGUCUUCCCAACAUGGCAACCACGUCGGCACAUCCCUUGGCGGUGCUUGCUGCACUGAUGAUCUGCACCGGUUGGAACAACCAGCUGUACGCCAGCGCCCAGUUCGUCAAAGGAGGAGGCGUCAAAGGAUCCGUCAGAGGAGUUGAAAGCGGAAACUUCCGGUCUUUCAAAAACGAACUCGGUCUCGGAGUCUCCGGGAGUGGCGGCACCAAGGGGUUCUCUUCAGUGAAGGGCUCACUCAGUGGCACAAAGGGAGGAGCGGCUAUGAAAAAGGGUGGCAUAUCCUCCUUCGGUUCCAAAGGAGGCUUUGGAUCAUCGUCUCUGACUAGCAAGGGUUUUUCGAACUUCGUCAAAGGUGGCUUCGGUACGAGCAGCCUUCAGCAAGGACAGCAGUCUGUUGGUCUAAAAAGUGUAAAAGGAAGUAGUGGGUUGAAAGGCGAUUCCCUGAAGGGAUCGGUACUAAGUCAAGAGUUCAGCCAGGUAAAAGGCAUCAAAGGUGAUUUAGGGGGCCAGUCAGCUAAAGGAAUUGUCAAAGGUGCUUUGGCGGGUGAUUCGAAGCAGAGCCGGCAGUCAUUUGGCUUAGGAGGCACCAAAGGAGGUCAAGAUCUCUUCGCUAAAGGCUCAACCAAAGGAGGUGCCUUGAUCAGUAUGUUACAAGGCCAGCAGUUCAGCCAAGUGAAAGGUACGAAAGGAAGCGUAGGCGUAAAGGGGAUUACGGGAAGCCAGUUUGGAACAAAAGGGUUUGGUAAAGGCGACCUUGCGCAGAGCCAGAAGCAAAGUCUCUUAGGAGGCAUUAAAGGUACUAGUGGUCUGAAGGGAAGCCUCAAAGGACGUUUUCCUGAGCGGGAAUCCUACAAUGGCUUGCAGAGCGGACAGCUAUCAGCCGGAACGAAAGGUUUCAAAGGCGGCAGUAGCAGCUCAAUCCUGGAGCAACAAACAGACCAGAAGUCGCGACGGUUGCUGAACGACGGUGCCUUUGGUCUGGAUGGUGGCGAAGUUCAGCAGUCUUCUAAAACGAAAGGCUCGCUCAAAGGUGCAGCAGUUGGGUUCAGGCGCCGCGCUUCCAGCUUCAGCAAUGCGUCGUCUGAAACGCAGAAAACGCAGCAGUCUAGCAUCGAGCAUUCCGGACACCGCGCGCAGCAGUCGCGCUUCAACUCUUUCGGUUCAAGCGGGAUUCUAAGAAGCGUGCACUUUCGUGGACCGUCGGGCCAACUGAAGCACCACUCGCAGCAGAGUUUCAGUUCGCAUCGGUGGGUCAGCGGGCACGGUGGCUUCGGUGCUUCUAGGCACUCGUUCAGCAGCCAACGACGCCAUUCCGGAGAGACCGGCCUGACAUUUGGAGGUCAGCAGCAACAGCAGCGGUCGAACAAGGGAGCUGCGUUUCGGCAAGUUGGCAAGGACAAUCUGCUGCAGCAAUCCCAGCAGCAGAUGAGUCAAAGCAGGAAGAACAUUGGAUCAUUCCAACGCGGAAGUACUCAGCUGACAGGCAAUCAGCUCGGUGGCCAGGGACAAAGGCUGCAAAGUCAGUCCACUGGUGUCUCCGGCUUUAGCUUUCCUUCAAAGGGCCAGCAACAGCGCAUCGGUCAGUCUAGCCAAAUUGCGUUCCUCAGCGGAAUCCGCAAGGGCAAUGAAGCAGCGCAGCAAGCUGUCGGCCAGAAUAGCCUGUCAGCAUCGAGUUUUAAUCAAAGGAGAGCGGACCUCGGGAAGUCCAGAGUGAUUCUAGAAUCCGGGCUCGUUCAAGGCUCCAGCUCUGGCGCGGCUUCUCAGCAGAAAUCUCAGCGAUUGAUGCAGUCGAACCAAGCAGCAAAGAAGAGGUCUUUCGCGCUCGGAUCUGUGAGUUCAGACUCACAGCAGAAGUCCGUGAGGGGACUCCUACAGCAACAGCAGCAGCAGCAAGUGCAGCAGCAGAGGCGCUCUUAGGUAGUGAAUCAAAUACUGACAAAGUGAAAUUGCAUAGAAUGAUUUUUAACCUACACGCUCUAGAAAGACAAGCCAUCGAUCGUAACAUCAUUAUUAACCAGUAUG